UUAGACAGUGCCCGUCAUAUUUUCAUUUCCAGGUAUGAUAUGAUUGGUGGAAAACGAGAGGAACGCUGUUUGGAGUUUACACUGUCUCAGCAAUGAUUGCUCGGCAUGGUCACAGAGGAGUAGAAAACAGCGUGAGAAACAGCAGGUAGAAAGGUUUGUGAUUCUACAAGUCAGUUAACUGAAGCGAUUGUCACUUACCAACUCUGCUCGUCUGGUCAAAGAGGAAAAGCGUUGUUUAUAAUGAUCGAAGAAAGGACAGGUGAAUCAUAAGAUUUGCCACACGAUCGGACAGAACGGAAUUAAAACAAGCCAUGGAUCCGCAAAACCAAGCGCAAAAAGAUUCCCCUCUUAAGACCAAAAUGAAAAAGGUCGUAAAAAUUAUAUGCAGACAAUACUCCCGCAAGUGUCUGAAUCCUACUGGAGAAGAUAAGUUCUUUUACCUGGCUCAGACUCUCAUGAAAGAAAAAAUCCACGGUCUUCCAAAUUACGGCAUUUUCGCAAACAUCGAACAAAAAAUCGAUGGAGUGAUCGAAUCCGUUGUGAAACGUCCCACAAGCGGAGCAGACGACGGCCCCCAGCAGCGACUUAAAAGCUCUUUGCAGCGAAAACAGAGCUUCGCAUUGCGUAGAGCACAUUCGCCGGUUGAGGAAGAAGCAUGGCUUGGUCUCCAGCGAGAAAGUCAACUCCCUGAAUUUGAAAGAUAUCCCUGUUUGUGGCAAAACGACUUGUUUAAGAUGGCAGCCGACUCACAAACCCAGGAUGCUAUUCGUAAAAGUAGAAACAAGAUAAGCAACAGUCUCAAUCUAUCUGGUGACAGGUUUGCUCGACUGAUGCGUUUGAGGCAAAAUGUUUUUACCAUUGAGAAGAAGUUCCGAUCUUUGUUGAAGAACGGUUCUAGAAGAGAGACCGAUGUCGACGAACGUUCAAAAAUAACGCAUAGUUUGGGAACAAGUGAAAGGCCUUCAAGGUUCAAAGAGCCGGGCGAGGCUCGGAUGCUAUUCAAAAAACAAGCUCGGAUACUCCUGAUUGCUAUCAAAUGGCUCAACUAUGUGUUUACCAAGGGUCACCUGAACUGGGAGCAGGAGCUGAAGACGUUUGCCGACGUUGCCGUGGAGAUGCAGGAGACGACAGCACAACCGAAGUGUCUGAAGGAUUCAGGGCUGAAUUUUGAUAAGAACCAUUACAAGGCGAAUAGGGAGAUAUCUUUGAGCGCGGACGUACGCCACUACCUGUCCCUCAACCCCUGGGCUCGCACCCCAGAGAUGCUGCAACAGGUGCUUCAUGGUCUACAGACUCUCCAGUCUCUCUCCGAGUACCCGCUCCGGACCCAGGAGCGUCUGUGUCGAAUGGCAUGGUACCAGAGGGUAGAAGCCAAGAAAGCAAUUAUCAGACAGGGCCAUUAUCCCGAGUGUUUCUACUUCAUUCUGUCAGGGGCGGCAUACGUAAAGAAAAUGGUUAAGGACUCUGAAAGCGGGGAACAAGCGAUAUCAACUGUAGCCAGAUUGACGCGGGGGCAGAGCUUUGGGGAAGUGAGCCUGAUAUUCGACUCUCCACGAACGGCCACAGUUGAGAGCGCCAGUUCCAUGGAGCUCCUGGUGAUCAGCAAGACCGACUUCCUAACUAUCUUCAUGAACGCCGACGACCCUGAAGAAGAAGCAGACCACAUCAAGUUUCUCAGACAGAUCCCAGUCUUGAGGCACUGGCCGAUAGGGAUGCUGAAGACAGAGCCUGGGACCUGCCUCCUGCACUACUUCAAGCGAGGUACGCUGAUCACAGACAACGGCAGCUCCAGUGAAUGGCUCUACUUCAUCAAAUCUGGCUCAUGUGAAGCCAUCAAGCGCCUGCACGCAGUGAAGGGGCGGGGCCCUAGGGAUCAAAGGAAACAUCUCAACCCGCUAUAUGACGUCAUCCUCCCUACACUCAGCUCAGGAGAAACAGCCUCGUCUCGGGUGGACUCCGGGGUUGGCAGCAGCAGACGACACAGACACGUGGUGAGCCGGGAGGUGCUGGAGUCUAUGAAGACCUACUACGACGGCAUCCGGAGGACAUUGUGUGAGCCAGAUUCCAACACCCCCACCCACCUCACCCUCCCGAAAGCCCUACCUCAGGGACUGGCCGGUCCACCGAAGGAUCCCGGCAGGUAUGCCUUUGUCACGCAGGAUGAUCUUCAGUCUCGGAUCCAGGCAGUGCCUACCACGAAACAACGCGGUCAGCCGGGAGUGUCCAAACCCAGGAUAUCCGACGUCUAUCUCACCAAUCAUACUGGUGCAGGUGUCACCGUAAAACAGAUGUUGCCGACGUCCACGAGUGUCCUGCAGCAGCUGACUCCGGGGCGAGAGACGAGUCGGACAUUGGUCAAUACCCGGGGUGGACGCCAGCAGAACCAGGUGUUUGUCAAGGUCGAUGUCCUACAGAGCAAGGACAUCUUUGGCAUGGAGACGCUGGAUAUUGAUGGAGAGACCUACAAAGAGGACGUGCCGGAGAUAUCGUUGGUGAGUCGGGGCGCUGAGGUGGUUAUGCUCUCGAAGCGGAUCUUUCUGAAGUACGCCACGGACAAUGUGCGCAGAUCACUGCAGGAGAUGACGAGACGAUAUCCAAGGGAGGCAACUCUACAGGAGAACCUCCAGAUCCAAGCAGACUGGGACCUGUACCGACAGAGUGUCAUGGCGGACGUUGUGGCCGUCAGCAAGAGCGCGCGUUCUUUGACGAUGGUCACGUGAUAACAUGUCGGAAGUUGAGGAAAAGAAAUGCGACUAUUUCACGAAGAAACUAAAAUACGUGUGUCCAAGCAAAGAUGUGCAACUGAAAAAUGACAAGAAUGUCGUUGGUUAAAUUCACUUCUGCAGCUCGCAGCAAUCCGUCGACAUCGGUGACUUUGUUGUGUCACUUAUAGCAACUUGUACCCGUCAGAUGUAGGGUAUCUGAGUGUAUGUAGGGAUGGAUAACUAUUCAUUUUACAUACCCAAUCACUGACAAUGGAUUCACACGGAAAAAACAACAACCGAUAGUGCACGUGAAUGUGUACAGUAUGUGCUAUACAUCUUGACGUCAAACGUUUUCUGUGGCUGUGUAUUGGCGACUUCUGUAAAAGUCUUCAACAUCGAUUCUGCAACUGCAUAUAUACCUACAGUAGGAAUAUUGUAUAGUGACAGGACAGUAAACAUUUUUGAAAAAGUACAUUGUCCUAGAUGCAGAUUACAAGUGUUAUGUAGUUAAACUCGUAUGGAAAGAAAAUGUGAAACUUGGAGAUUAUGUAAUUUAAUUUACUAUGAUCAAUACACUAUACAUCGAAACAUAGAUCAAACUGACCCACGUGAUCACAUUCACAGCUUAAAUCUCAUUACAAACGUCAUAGAUACAUAUUCCAAACAUACAAACAUUACUUGUUCAACUGCAGCAUGGUCUCAGUGGGCUAGCACUAAAAUAUAAAUAAAUAAAAGUGAUAAAACCCUUUCCAAAUCCAUGGAAGACGUCGUUUGUACGAUACCGAAUAUGUCAUGAUCAUGUUCAUGAUAACCAAUAUUAAUGAUGCCGGGUGGUCGCGAAAAGGUGGACGUAUCCUGACCCACUGAUGGUACCUGAGGUAUACCAGCAUAAGUCCUAGCAAGUACAAACAGCUACACAUACGUGCAUGCACGUCGCUAGAAAAGUGAAAUAAGUUUGAAUGCAACGUUGCGCCUAAUUUCAAUUCACCUUUUUUAGUCUGAUUUUUUCCAGAACACAUGUUAAAUCGUUGGUUGGAUAUAUACCAUCUUGAACGCGAGUGACAAUAAUUAUUUGAAAUUAAUUACAAAAUUAUGGGGUCUCUAAAAGAUUAUGGGGUCUCGAAACUCUAUUGGGGUUCAUCUAUACUACAAUGAAACCAGUACACAAUACAUCCGCAAAGAUAUAUAGAAGAAAUAAUAAAUAAAUAAUAAUAAUAUCAUAAUAAAAAACAACCCUGAUUCAAGUUACUUUUGCCUUUCAGUAAUGGUAUCUAUUGGAAAAUAUCACUGUCUAAUUACAAACGCAUAUACAGAUCAAUUAUCAUUACCAUGAAUACCAUUAUCAUUAAUUUGUUUAAACAAGCGACAAAACGGUUUCAUCCCAUAAGAAAUUUCUGCUAAAAGCCGACUCCAUUGUACGAUUCUGACUAUAUCAUAUGCAUGUGUUUAUGAAUAGUGUUCUCGAAAAGUUGAUCGUAUCCUGUCCCACCUAUUGUACACGUCACAAAUACAAAUGUACACCUGAAUAAACAUAUGGUAAGGUCAAAAUAGGGAAUUGCAUUUGACAUCAUUUUCUACACUGAUGCAUUAAAUUUGGAAAUGACUUCCACAUCUCUACCAAGAACAUUUUGAAAGCUUUACGGAGGUCUUAAUGCUGUAAACCUGAUCAAACACGUUUUGAGCAAGAAUAGUAUGACGCUCUUUGAAAUUGCAUCAGUAACAAUGUUUAUUUAAAUUAACCCACACAGUAUCUAUGAAACAACAAUCUUUACCGUGUACAAUAUUGCAUAAAUGUUCAAAUUUGGUCCGAAACAUCAAAGUUAGUAAUGUACACUAGAUCUGCACAUACGUUCCUCAACGAACGAAUGAACCCGCUCAGAACAUAAUUCAAUGUCUGUGAUGGCCACUUGCAUUGCGUUGCCUUCAGUAAAGGGCACGAUUUGCACGUGCAGGUUAUGGUCCAUGUACUAGUACCUCGAGUGACUGAAACAAGUCUCAUGACAUUGGCAAUGACUUGAAAUCGGCGGUUAUAAUCUACCCACUCUU